CACAUUUACACCCAACAAAUUUUUCGUUUUCUCAAUUGCCAUCUUGAAUUGCGUAUAAUCUAAUAAGCGCGGAAAGUAGUGGAUCAUACUGAGGUUUCAGUUUGAGAUGGCUCCUUUACCCGAUGAUUCUGUGCAAACAACACCUCUACCAAGGCAGUUCCUACGAGAACAUCCAAAAGCAAUUUAUUCAGAUGGAAAAGGACGAGUCAAGCAAGACCUAGUUUGGUUAAACAUAUUUAAAGUUAUAUUUUACCACACACUAGCAGUUUAUGGUAUUUGGAAAAUUGUUACUUUACAAUCCAUGUGGCAAACUCUCCUGUUUAAUACUAUAUUCUACUUCUUCGCCCUUAUUGGAGUGACAGGUGGUGCCCAUCGUCUGUGGUCUCACAGAGCUUAUAAAGUUACGCUUCCAAUGAAACUGCUCAUGAUGUUUAUAUGCACUGCCGCCUACCAAGAUAGCAUCCACAAUUGGGCGAGAGAUCAUAGGUUACAUCACAAAUAUACCGAUACAGAUGCCGAUCCCCAUAACUCAAGAAGAGGAUUCUUCUUCUGUCACAUUGGAUGGUUGAUGGUGAAAAAACAUCCGGAUGUUAUAAGUAAAGGAAAGACCAUCGAUUUGAGUGAUAUUAAAGGAGAUCGUCUCAUUAUGUUACAGAACAAAUACUUCUUUAAAAUUGCACCUAUCUUGGGAUUGGUUUUACCCACUUUGAUUCCAUAUUACUUCUGGGGAGAAACAUUAUCGGUUUCUUUCUUAGUGACCGUGGUCCGAUUAUUGCUUAGCUUACAUGCAACAUUUUCUAUUAACAGUUUUGCACAUCUUUAUGGAACCAAACCAUAUGAUCGCACCAUAAAUCCAACAGAGAGUAAUGUUUUAAAAGCCAUCGCUGUUGGAGAAGGUUGGCACAACUACCACCAUACCUUUCCAUGGGAUUACAGAGCUGCCGAAUUUCAAAACCACUUUUUAAACUUAACUACUACCUUUCUGGAUUUUUGGGCUUUGUUUGGACAAGUAUAUGACCAAAAGACGACAUCCGAAGACAUGAUUAGAAAGCGAGCUGCAAGAACAGGAGACGGAACAUGGAAAGAUGUAAAAGGCAAAGAGAUUUUGAAUAGUCCUAAUGAAAUGACCAGCCAAAACUUUUAUGAAGAGUGCGUUUGGGGCUGGGGUGACAAAGAUAUGAAAGAAGAGGAUAAGGAAGAUAUAUCAAAAAGCCAUUAGAAUAGAACAAUACAGUCACAUACUAGUCAAAUCCGACCACGAAUAUUUUUCAUCCUUAGGAAUACAUACAAAAAUAAGGUGGUGUCACAGUUUAGCUGUUUGGAUUUUUUUAAUGGCACUGUAGUGUAGACCUGAGGUGAAUUAUAGAAAAGCUUAUUUUUGUUAUUUAAAAAUACUGGUAACCCAUCACAUGCCAAAUAAAGUGAUUAAAGGAUAUGUUUGUAUGUAUCUUCAUUUUUUGUAACAAAUAUAGAUUUUAUUCUUGUU